AUGGUCUCUCUCCAGCUUGGUAACCCGAGGCGCGACCCGUCACCGAAAGCGUUGCCCCGCACUUCAGAGCCCUUGUCGUCGUCAUCAUCAUUAUCUCCCCCUGCUCAAGAGAUGCCCGAGACAACCAUGACUUUCAAGAGACUUCGAUCGUCAUUGGAGCAAAGUUUGAAGACCGCAACACGUUCCAGAGCAAAAGUUCUGCCACCCGUUGAUGACUUCGCAACCGUGUCCGUCAAUGGUAAAGGCAAGGAGAAAGAGCUUGAAGACCACGUUGAUGUGAAAGGGCAGAAGAAGGAUAAGAUCAUGUCUGGCAUGCUGAGGCGAUUGGAAUCAAGGGUAGGACUGCGCAGAACUCCACGUAUGUCGACAUCGACAUCGAUCCCCCUCGACACAAGUCACACCAACGCGAUUGGAGCGACUACUGGCAAUAACGCGGAUGUAGUCAUCAAGUCACGCCAGGCUGGAUUCACGAGUUUUGUUACCCCAUCCCUGCGGCAGGCAUCCGUGUCUUCCCCUGUUCUCCAUCUCUCGUCCCAAAAUUUGCCGUCGGGUCCGUCGCAGCCUGCAGCGAUGGCGCCAUUAACAAAUACAGGCCCUAUCACACCUGUACGCGAUCGCACGCGGCGCGCCAGUGUUCAGCCCAUUAAGUCCAAGGAAAUUAGUGGUCCUCAGCCAUUAGCAUCGCGGCAUGACCGCCGUAGUGGCGCUGCAACGCCUGACCGCUUUGGCGCGGCCUCCUCUCGGGCAAGUAAAUCUCGUCCAACUCCAGUGCUUUCUACACCAAGGGGACGUUCGUCGACUGACGCACCUAGGCGGAGCCGUGAUUCGUCAAGUCCGCCGGACACCCCGACACCUCCGAGUCUGUCUGGUUCCCGAGGGCAGUUGGGCGACCUGUCCAGAACGCCCGUGGCUGCGAGUGCAACUCACCUGCCUCUUCACAGCAGUCCGCCUUCCUCUCCCAUUCCUAGCCGUGCUGUGAGUCCUGCACGCGCAAGGACACCUCUGAAACAAGUCGUGGCUCCCACAUCGUAUCAGGGGUUUACUUCUGUAUCUGCGUCCCAUCUUCCCUUGAACUCCUCCAGUUCUAUUGGUACCCCACAGAGACCAUCUUUUGAUACCUCCCGAAGACCAUCUGCAGAAGUGCCGCGAAAGGCAUCUGGCGAAACCUCUCGGAGAAGCUCCAUUGACGUGCAUCGGCGACCCACGGCCUCCCCUGUGCCUCGAGCAUGUUCCCCUCAGUCCACCGUGCGUCCACGUGCUACAUCACCUUCUCAGCGCACGCCUGCAUGCGCCCAGAAUCGCUUUAAUAUCUCAACUGCUUCCCUUAUCCCUCCUUCUACUCCAGAGCAGCGUGAGAUUAUACGUACUGCAACUUCGCUUCUGUGCAGGGAAUUACGGAAAGCACCAGCGCAUCUUGCACGCGGUGAUGCACAGAAGGAGUGGGCGGAAGUAGAGGUGCGCUUGCAGCCCUUAAUUAGGCUUGAACGUGUUUGGGGGAAGAGUGGCGGUGCCAGCGCUAGUUCUAGCCAGAUUGCUGUGGGCGGUGUUGGUUCCACUGUACUUAGCUCUGCUGGGGAGGAAAGAGAAAGAAAGCUCUUCUGCGAGGCCCUUCGAGAUGGCGUUGUUCUCUGCCAGUUGAUGAACAAGCAUUGUUCUGGGACCAUAGCUCGCAUCGACCACCGUGAAGAUGGUUUUAAGCACACCAACAACAUCACCAGGUUCAUUGCUGCAUGUUCGCAAAACGGCGUCCCUUCCGGCGACAUCUUCUAUCGUGAUGACCUCAUCCAGGCGACUCCAGAAACCCUUUGCCGUGUCGCAUGUACCAUCAUUUCGUUGAUCAAGCUUUUUGAAGACCCUGGGGUCGGUCGUGCGAAGGUCAUCACGGGUCAAGGCAGGAAAGGUGCCAUCAUAGCUUCAAGCAACGACCCUUACUCUCCGGCGGUUUCUCGCGCUGCUUCUCCCACACCGAAUCUGCUGCCACGACCAGUCUCUCCACCUUCUCCUUCCGGUCCGACUCGCAGAAUGCGGAAUCCACAUGAACGAUUGCCUCCUCCCAUACGACCUGAUAGUCCGCAAUCGGGAACAUCUGCUGGCACAGCUAAGAGAGUCCCCAUCAUAGAUAGAAGUACGACGCCGGCCAGUAACAGCGAUCAUGAAAUCGACGAGGUUCCCCCUAUUACGGGACCAUCUCCAACCCCUAGAUCUCCCUUUCGUGGGCACUCUCGAACUGGACUUCCAGAUGACAGCAGUAUGAGCCCUCUCUCCAGCCUUCAGCCACUCGACAUUCCCUUCCCUCAAGUAUCGACCUCACAGGUGUCCAGUCCGUCGGGCUAUGAUGCAGACUAUCCCCCACGACAGUCGAGAACAUCCAGCAAUCUCACUGAUAACACUGCCCUCUCCAGCAUCUUUGACAUCAGACGGGCGAGCAGCAGCAACCAAAACAAAUUUGGUACCAUCAGGACUUUCACAACUGAGGCGACUUCUUGCUCUGAGGCGCCCUCGUUCACCCGAACGGAGGCUAGCUCGGUGGCAGCAUCCAUGGCAGAAGAGAUGAGCAGGAGACGGGGUGGUGGAGAGCCUACACUUCGGUCGAGAGAGCGACGCCCGAGCGAGCCAGGUGUACUUGAUCUGGUUAGCCUCGCAGAGGAAGAGGAGAACAGUGCAUGUGGGUCGAGCUCCAAUCACCACCAGGGGGAGAGUUUACAGCCUAGAGAACCCUCGCGGGAGCGGGAAACGGAAGCGCAGGUUCGUGUGCGGCUCGGUAAAGGCAAAUGGCCUGACGAUUUUCUGGACGCUUUCAAAGCACAAGCUCCAAGUCCAUCUCGAACAGUCCCGACUGCAACAUCGUCAAACCAUGUAGAUACGCCUCUUAGUUCCAGUCCUCUGUCUGUAUCCCCGACCAGAAAGCUUUCCAUUGUUGGGACAUCACGUCACAACGACAGCACAGAGCCCACGGUUCGAAGGCCAUCUUAUCGGUCAACGCAUAGCGCGGAUGUCCUGAUGCCGAAGAAUUCAGUGCUCCGUUUGGAUGCCAGCUCAGAGAAUUCACCAGGCUCCAAAGUUAUUCUGCGUCGUCAGAGUACACGGAAUGGUGCUCGCAGAAAUGGGGCCUACUAUCCUCGUAAUAGCACCGACGAUCCUGGGACUGCAAAAGAUGACGAUCCUCAUACUGUCCCCUUCCCACGUGCCGUGUCAGGGGAAUUUGCUGCUCAUUCCACAUCAUCUCCCGAUUCUACUGCCAGGGGCGGUGUCACAAAUAACCAGGAUGCUCCCCGUGUGCGUGGUCGUUUCCAGAGUGAUGUUGAAGAUCACCGAGCUCGAAGAUGCAGUCGUCCGACUUCGCAUGAUGAGUUGGGCAGACCGCGGAGGUCUCGAUAUGAAAGCAUGGUCAAUCUAGGGGUGGCCUCUGCGAAUGCAAGUACGAGCGACUUGCUGGCAAGAGACUCUGGUGACGGAAGCGCUGUACGGCAGACUGUAAUAGUUGAGGAAGAAGGAAAGCCCGCAAUUCAUUUCCAAUUCGGGAAUUGCAUCGGCCGCGGACAGUUUGGCACAGUGUAUCGGGCCCUGAAUCUGACAACCGGACAAAUGGUAGCAGUAAAACGAAUCCGAUUAGAAGGUCUGAAAGAGGACGAAGUUGCCCAGCUCAUGAGGGAGGUGGACUUGAUGAAACAACUAUCCCAUCCAAGCAUUGUGAAGUAUGAAGGGAUGGCUCGAGAUGACCAAUACCUCAACAUCGUUCUUGAGUAUGCUGAAAGCGGCUCAUUGGGCCAGAUGCUCAAAGCUUUCGGCAAGUUGAACGAGAAACUUGUGGCGAGCUACGUUGUCAAGAUUCUUGAGGGCUUGCAUUACUUGCAUUGUUGCGAUGUUGUCCACUGCGAUCUGAAAGCCGCCAACAUCCUUACCACGAAGACGGGGAAUAUCAAGCUCUCGGAUUUCGGCGUUUCCCUGAACCUGAAGGCUAUAGAACGAGAGAAGGACGUUGCUGGUACUCCGAACUGGAUGGCCCCAGAAGUCAUCGAGCUCAAAGGGGCUUCAACGAAGGCUGACAUUUGGUCGCUGGGAUGCACAGUCGUCGAACUUCUUACUGGACGUCCGCCAUUUGGGGAUAUCACCAACACAAUGACAGUCAUGUUCCGCAUUGUCGAGGACGAGAUGCCAAUCCCUGAAGAAUGUUCCGAACCGUUGAAAGACUUCCUUCAGCAAUGCUUCCAGAAGGAACCCUCGAUGCGACCUGAUGCCGAGCUAUUGUGCGAACACCCCUGGUUAAAGAAAAAUUGGGAUGCCCUCAAGGAGCUUCGUCCCCAGGAUAGCAUACCUUUUCUCCGGCGUGUUAGCACUGAUCUCCAAAAGACUGACGUUGCAUUCCUUGCAUCUAUGGAUAUAAACAGAAUCGAAUCGCCCUUCUCGGUAGCCUCAGUUCAAGAGGAGACAUCAAAGUCUCCAAGGCGCAGAUUAUCCAGUGGACCGGACACCCCAUUCACCCCUAGGGAUCAUUCCUUUAUCAAGACCACCUUUGAGAAACCCAUGGUCUGCAGCGUGUGUAUGGGAAGUGUCAAAAGGAGUGCCGUCAUUUGCGACAAGUGUAAUCUCAUCACUCACUCGAAAUGUGCUCCUGAAGCUCCUCCCACAUGUGACUUCCGCUCUCAACUGUUGCUUUACGCACAGUACGCCGAACAAGGAAGCCCUGCUGGUAUCCCACUCGAUGGAUCGAAUGGGUUGCAUCCUCGUCCAUCGACGACUAUUCCUUCUGAAGUCUCCUUAGCCACACCUUCUCCACGACCAAGCUCGGACGUCACGCCCUCAUCGUCAUCGCCCUCAUCCACUCCUCCCAAUGCUUACAAGUUUAUGAAACCUUUCAAACAUUCUCGUUCUUCCCUAGCAACAGAGAAUAGGUCUCCCCCUUCCACGUCGGCGUUACCGAUUCCUCAGCCUCUGACUCACGAUGAUGUCGCUCCCAAGCGAAAACUCCCUAAGCUCCCGUCAAAUAUGAUCUCCAAAGAACGACCUCAUUCAUUGUCAAGUAAUAGUACUGCCCGCAAUGCCACUAGCGUGGAGACGGCUGACAGCCAAUCUAGCCGUCAAGAACCUGGUCGUCAAUCCUUCCUUUCGAUAGCUGAGCUUGAUACAGAUACCAUUCCACAACUUGGUCCGCCAGUUCCUGACAAGAAACCCUUUUAUGCCCAUACUAUGACUGCUAUUGAUCAUAUGAACACUCCAUCACGCCACAUUCCGGGCACGACGCCCAACGAACCUGACCGUUAUAAAAAACGGGGAGCCGAGAAAUCAUCAGGGUGCACUGUCCAGUGA